AUGAAAUUUACUGAUUAUGGUGAUGAUGAUGAUGAUGGAGCAGAUGUGGAAACAUUGCACGUAGUAGUAUUCUUAACUAUUCACCAGUUGACGCAGCCGCUGACCUUCUCGUCGACCAUACAGCCGGUCUCCCUGCCGGCGCCGGGACAACAGACAGCCGCCGGCACCAUAGCAACCGUGGUCGGCUGGGGAUCCGUCGAUUAUACCACGGUCGUCGUCAGUGACCUGCAUAAAGUUGACGUCCCCGUGUGGUCAGACGAGGACUGCCAGGCGACCUACGACUACUAUGUCUACUCUGUGAGGGAGAACAAUAUCUGUGCUGGAGAAGAGGGCAAAGGGAAAUGUGGGCUGGAUUCAGGAGAUCCUCUUUUGGUGAACGGGCAGCUGGUGGGAAUCGCCUCCUGGGAUGGUUACGAGUGUGCUACUGCAGACUCACCGGGAGUCUAUACUGAAGUUUCCUACUUCGUCGACUGGAUCAAUCAGAACGCACUGAAGCAGCCCCUGACGUUCAACUCCAAAAUACAAGCAAUCACGUUACCAGCGUCUCAGCAGCAGACAACGGCUGGAACAACGGCCACUCUGGUCGGAUGGGGAGCCACAGAGACGUCGUCAUCGUCUACCGUAGAUAAACUGCGGAAGGUUGACAUUCCAGUAUGGUCGGACGAGGACUGUAAAGCAGCGUACGAAAACUACCGAGUUUUGCGGGAGAACAACAUUUGCGCAGGAACCACUGGCAAAGGCCAGUGCAACGGAGAUUCAGGAGGUCCCCUCAUAGCAAAUGGCCAGCAGAUCGGAAUAGUCUCAUGGUCCGAGAAGCCCUGCGCCUCCGAAGGUUUACCUGGAGUCUUCACAGAAGUUUCGUACUUCAUCGAUUGGAUCAGCGAGCAUAUAUCCACCAAGUAA